UUGCUAGACUUGAUCAUUAGCUGUCAUUUCGCAGUUCCUAGAAAUAUUACCUUCCAAAAGGACAGACGGUUCUGCUUUCCCAGGUACAGUGAGCUCCUGACAGCCACCUAUGGACCCCAAAAAAUCUCCAAAAGAAACGGUCCUUAUUACAGGCGGAGGUGGCUAUUUUGGUUUCCGCCUAGGCUGUGCUCUGAACCAGAAAGGAUUCCAUGUGAUUCUAUUUGACAUCAGCAGCCCUGCUCAUUCCAUGCCAGAAGGAGUCAGGUUUAUACACGGAGACAUCCGCCACCUCUGUGACGUGGAGAAAGCCUUCCAGGAUGCAGACAUCACGUGUGUGUUCCAUAUCGCCUCUUACGGCAUGUCGGGGCGGGAGCAGCUGAACCGCAGCCUGAUUGAAGAAGUCAACGUCCGGGGCACAGAGCACAUCCUCCAGGUUUGCAGGAGGAGGGGGGUGCCAAGGUUAGUUUACACUAGCACUUUCAAUGUCAUCUUUGGAGGUCAAGUUAUCAGAAACGGAGAUGAAUCUCUGCCUUACCUACCUCUUCACCUCCAUCCUGAUCACUACUCCCGGACCAAAUCUAUCGCGGAGAAGAAAGUGCUGGAGGCCAAUGGCACCACCCUGGUAAGAAGGGACGGUGUUUUGAGAACCUGUGCUCUGAGGCCGGCUGGCAUCUAUGGGCCCGGAGAACAAAGGCACCUUCCCAGGAUAGUGAGCUACAUUGAGAGGGGUCUGUUCCAGUUUGUGUACGGGGAUCCCGGGAGCCUGGUUGAAUUUGUCCACGUGGAUAACUUGGUCCAGGCUCACAUUCUGGCCUCAGAGGCCCUGACAGCUGCCAAGGGCCACGUUGCCUCUGGGCAGCCCUACUUCAUUUCGGACGGCAGACCCGUGAACAACUUCGAGUUCCUCCGGCCGCUGGUUGAGGGUCUGGGCUACAGGUUCCCAUCCAUCCGCCUGCCGUUGACCCUCAUCUACUGUUUUGCUUUCCUGACAGAAAUGGCUCACUUCAUUUUAGGCCGAGUCUACAACUUCCAGCCCUUCCUCACCCGCACAGAAGUUUACAAAACUGGCGUCACACACUACUUUAGUCUAGAGAAGGCCAAGAAGGAGCUGGGCUAUGAGGCUCAGCCAUUUGACCUCCAGGAAGUAGUCGCCUGGUUUAAAGCCCAUGGUCAUGGCAGGGGGCCUGGGGGUCAUGACUCUGGUCUUGUUUGGGAUGGGCUGAUGGUCUUCCUCUUGGCCAUAGUGGUUCUCAUAUGGCUGCCUUCUCCUGUGGCUCUGUCACUCUGAAGGAGCUAGAAACAUGGAGCUGAUCAUGCUUGCUGAGAUGGUUCUCAUAAAACACAGGUUUGAUUUAUCUUGAUCUAAAUAUAUCUAUAUCAAUAUCUGGAUAGACAGAUACAAAUAGAUAUCUGGUAGCAAAAUUUGGCUCCGCAAAUUGCUACUUAUGAAUAGAUUCUUGGAGGGGCUCUUGGGUGACUUAGUCCACUCUUAAUCUCAGCUCAGG